AUGCACGGUCGGCCUCGCAAAGCGUUGAAGCAAGAAGAUGAAGCGGCUUUAUCAGCCAAAGCUGAAAAGCUUCGUUCACUCCAAGCUCUCUUCCUCGCUAACCACCACAAUAGCAUAUAUAGCAAGGAAGCACUAGAUGUAAGCGCGAAGCUUCUAGAGGUUAAUCCAGAAUGCUACACUGCUUGGAAUUACAGAAAACUCGCCGUUCAACACCUCCUCUCUAACUCCGAUUCCGAUCCCCAUGUGAUCUUCCAAGACGAGCUCAAACUCGUAGAGAUUGCUCUGAGGAAGAAUUUCAAGUCUUACGGCGCGUGGCAUCACAGAAAAUGGGUGCUCAGCAAGGGACAUUCGUCUAUCGGCCACGAAAUGCGCCUUCUGAAUGGUUUUCAGAAGGCCGAUCCUCGAAAUUUUCACGCGUGGAAUUACCGAAGGUUUGUUGCGGAACUGAUGAAACGAUCGGAUGAGGAUGAGUUGAAAUACACGGAGGAAGUUAUAGGGGCUAAUUUCAGUAAUUACUCUGCAUGGCACAAUCGUAGUGUGCUUUUAUCAAAUUUACUGAAAAAGAAGGCUGAAGGAUAUUUCCCUAAAGAAAAUUUUUUGGAAGAGGAGUUUGAGCAUGUCCACAAUGCUAUUUUUACAGAUCCAGAUGAUCAGAGUGGUUGGUUUUAUCAUCUUUGGCUUAUUGACCAGACAGUGAAAACUGAUGCUCCUCUACUUGUUUCAUCUUGGCCAUCCCAUGGAUCUAGGAUAACUUUAAUUGGGGACAACAACCUUCGGGGUUGUGGUUUGUCUCUGCUGAAUGGUACUCUUUUAGGCACAGGAACACUUCCAAUCAUUCUUGAUUUCAAUCAAGCUGUAGAAGGAAUAAAUUCAUCCACAGUGGCUAUUGAAUCCGAGCUUUUAAAGGAGGAACUUAUUUGGAAACCACUUUCAAUGAACAAUUCAAAUACUGCUAAAGUUUGGGUUGUAUAUCUAAACCUUGGAAAUAUGGAACUUCUACCAUCAAAAGCUUACUCUGUACAGAUCAAGGUUGGACAUUCUAAGGGUAUUGCAUUUUCUAAUGGAAAUCACUAUAGUGAUCCUUCCCAAAUUUCCUUUAAAGUGCUAGUACAGACUGCAUCUGCUGAACCUGCUGAAGGACAGGGUGGAAAAAGGACUACAUGGAAGGAUACCAAUUUUCAUAAAAUUGAUCAUUUUCAGGAAUCAGAUGCCAUUCUUUCUGCUGAUAAUAAUCCCCAUAUUCCAACAACUUCCAAUUGGUGCUCUGAGGAAAUUGCUGAAGAAAUAACUAAAUUUCGAGACUUACUGUCAGAGUAUGACUGUAAAAUUGGAAAGCUUACACUUGCAAGACUUUUGACUGCUCUUGAUUUGUUAUCAUCUCAUCAUGAUGGAAGAAAAUCUAACACUGAAGAAGUUCUUCAACUUUACACCGAUCUGAUGAAGUUGGAUCCAACACAUUCUCUAUACUACAAAGACAAGCACAGUCUAAUAUCACUAAAGCGGAUAACAUCAACUAGGGACUCUUUACUACCAUACUGCUACCACUAUAAAGAUGCAACAGAAACAAUCACUGGUUAUGUCUGUCUACGAUUACAAAGUCUAUCGUUGUCACGGAUGGGAUCCAUUGAAAAUUUAUUGUGGGUGCAAAUGCUAGACCUUAGUCACAACGAACUUCAAUCCAUUGAAGGAUUGGAGGGCAUGCAACUUCUAUCUUGUUUAAAUCUGAGUCAUAAUAAAAUUCGUAGUUUUACUGCUUUGGUGCCUCUCAAAUUGGUUAAGUCACUUAAGGUGUUGAAUAUCUCAAACAAUGAGUUGGGCUCUCAUUUGAUUGACACAACGAGAUACUUAUGCCCUUCUCCUGUAUCUCACACUGAGGAAUUUGCCUGGGAGCGUUUUGAAAUCCUCGCUGGCAGUGUUAGUGCCACAAAUUUUUGGGAAGCUUUCUUGAUAUUUGGAAGCUUGGAAUUGACCGAGUUAAACAUAACAGGGAAUGCAGUAGCAGAUGAAAACUUCAGGUCAUUUCUUGUCAAAGUUUUGCCAACACUCAAGUGGCUCGAUGAUGAAGAGCUAUCUUGA